AUGCCAGCGUCCAACAUCGUCCGUGGAAGCAUCUUUGCAGCAGGCCUCGCCGUAGGAGUCGGCGCAGCUUCGCUUCUGAACAAGAACAACACUCCCACCUCGCCCAUCUCGCCGUCUCCGCCUGUGCGAGCACAGGUAGUAGCAGAUGAGAAGAGCACAGGGUUAGUAGCUCAGGGCGGGAAGCCUGGAUUCACGCCGAGCAGGGACAUGGCGGGAUCGUUGGCUUUGGCACCACCUUCCUCGCCUUCAAAUCAACUCGCUUCGGACGUCUUCCGCUAUGGCUUCCCAGGACCGAUCCCAGACGUCCUGAAGCGGACCGCCUAUGUAGCAGCUUACGACCGACGCCUGCGACACCCUUCAUGGACCGCCGAGCACCUAACCCCAACCUCUCUGAACCGUCAACCCGCUCCUCCUACUGACGGGAACGGUGGACGCUCAAGCUCGAACAUCUUGCAGGAGAAUCCGAAAAAGGGCGAUAGGAGCAAGAGCACGUUUAUGGAGGAUGCCGAGGUUCCGGCCAUGUUCAGGGGAUUGCUUAAAGAUUACUAUAAUAGCGGUUAUGACCGUGGUCAUAUGGUUCCUGCUGCCGAUGCCAAAAUCUCUCAACAAGCCAUGGACGAGACCUUUUUCCUCACCAACAUUGCCCCUCAGGUCGGGGAUGGUUUCAACCGGCACUACUGGGCGUACUUGGAGGACUGGUGUAGGCGGCUGGUCAGGCCUCGGGAUGAGGGGAUGAAGGGAACGGGCGGGUUCGAGGAUGUCUACGUCUUUACGGUGCCGCUCUACUUGCCUGCACAGGGCCCGGAUGGGAAGUGGCGGGUGUCUUACGAAGUGAUCGGCAGCCCACCAGCCAUCUCGGUCCCUACCCACUUUGCCAAGGUCGUCCUCGCGGCCCGAGGUAGCCCCGGCGGUUUCGCCCCGGGUCCUUCGUCCGGUCUACCCGUCAGCGGACCCAUGGGCAAAGACGUGGCCAUCGGAGCGUUUGUGCUUCCCAACAGCGUCAUCCCGGAUAACACGCCGUUGACCGAAUUCAGCGUGCCAGUGGAAGCGGUCGAGCGCGCCGCCGGUCUGACCUUGUUCUCGCCGCAGAUCAAGUCGACCGCCAAGGAACUCUGCCGGGAGACUCGGUGUCAGGUCAUCGUGAGACGGUUCGACGACGCCAACAAGAAACAGCAGCAGCAGCGUGGUAAAGCGGGGCAACAGGGCAUCGCCAGGUCGUAG